AUGCAUCAGUGGGCAUGUACGCCAACAGACCUCCCCGUGCAAAACGAUGGAGAUCCUUCAGAAAUGACGGCGAAAGCCGCGAGUGUGGAGUCCCCUACGCUAGGGGGUGUGCUGCAACCGACUGAGGAGCAGCACUUCGAGGAGGAGUUGGACGAGCUCGAUGCGGAGAUUGAGAAACUCUUCACGGCCGACGAUACCACCGCGCAGUCUGCGCUCGACGGUCUCUUGGCCAUCGGCUCCUCCGCGCUCCUCUCCCCGCCGCUUCCGCCCGCUGUCGGCGCAAUCCAACCGGAAGAUGGCGCUGGCGGUGGAUUGACCGGCGCAAACGGCGGCGCCGGUCCUGGCGUGGGUCCAGGGAACGUCGGUGGUAAUGCGAAAAAGGCGUCGUUAGAUUCUCUUUUGUGGGAGCUGGAUGGCGAUGGCGUGAUUGAGGAGGAGCAAGUAGCCGUCGGCGAUGGCUUAAAAGGUUCAGAUCUGCAUGCUGCUGGGGAUGACGAGACGGCGGAUCACUACCCUACAGCGGCCGACGCGGCGUCGAUCUUCGAGGAUGAGGUGGCAGAAAUCCUCCGCGUCGCGCAUCGCCAGGUAAGCGGUCUAAAGCUCGAGGCGGCAUGGCUGCGCUCCGGGCUGCUGGCGCUGCAGAAGGACGUGCGCAUGCUGCGCUCCGAGAACGACGCGCUCCAGGGACAGCGGCGCCGCGCGGAUCAGCGCCUGCUGCUGCUGCUGCGGGAGAAGGAGCUUGCGGAGGAGCAGCGCAGGGUGGCGGAGGAGCAGCGCCGCGCGGCGGAAGACGCGCAGGAAACGCUGCGCGGAGUGGUUUCCCGCGCGGUGGCGGAAGCGGCGGUGCUGCGGAGGCAGCUGGCGGUGUGGAAGCCGCCCGGCGGCGCGUGGGCGAUGGCGGUGAAAGCGGGGACCUGCUGGGGCGGAGAGAUUGGCGCAAGCGGAGCAGUCGGGGGCGGGGGGACAAGCGGAAGCCCGAUUCAGCGCAGCUUCAGCGGCAACUCUCUCCGCUCCAGUCUGGAGGGAAGUGGCGCUCCUUCGCUCAAGAACGUUCGUGGCGGAAGCGCACUCGCAGCGCCAGGAGGGGGAGCUGUAACUGCCGGGGUCGGGGGAAAAGCUGGCGGAGGCAGCAGCGGUGUUUCCGCGUGGGCGGAAACUGCAGAUGGUUUAGCGGGGGGGAAGGACAUCGCGCACCGCGCCUCGCACGGUCUCGUGGCAAAGGAAAGUGUCAGCCCGGCCUAUAAACCACCUUCGGCAACAUCCGGGGAGAUGUUUUUCGCGGCAGGCGCCGGGGGCGGAAAAUCCGCAGCUCCUGCGCUAGUCGGCGGGGGCAUGGGGAGCGCGGGUUGCGCCGAAGCCCCGCGCCGUCUAGCGGAGGCGGGGCGGAGCGACAGCGGGGUGUGGGCGGAGGUGAAGCGGGUAGGCGCGGGGAUGGGGCUCUUGAUAGACUCUGACGUGGAUGCUGACGAGGACGCGGCGCUGCUGCGCGAGGAGAACGCGCAGCUGCAGGCGCUGCUGCGCGAGUCGCAGUGCGACCUGCAGGCGCUCGAGCAGAACGUCGCGCGCCUCAAGCAGGUCGUCGCCGCGCAAGAGGCGGCGGUGGACGCGGCGGCGGUUGUGGCGGCCGACGCGGCGGCGGGGAACGGAGAGGGGGCGGCGGAGUUGGGGUUGGGGAACGGGGGGAAAGGGGACUGGUUGGGAGGCGGAAAGGUGAGGGGACUGGAGGGGAAACAGAUGGGCGGAUGGGGGGAGGAGCUCCAGCGGGAGAGAGAGCGGUUAAGAGAGGCGUGGGAGGAGGUGGAGAAAGAGAAGCAGAGGCUUGUAUCUCUCCGGCAGCAGCUCACAUCAGGGACGACGGAAACGGAAAUGCCACAGACGCAGCCGCGACAGUGGCAGGCAAGCGGAAACGCAGCAACGGGCGGAUGGCAAGCCAUCAGCGACAUGAGCGACGAUGGCAACGCUGAUGACAGUGAGAGCGGCUGUAUACGGAUUGUGUGUGGGAGUUGCGGAGCUGAGGGAGUGGUUCCAAGAGGCGUUGCAGGGCGGCUCGAUGUCCUGGGUGCCCUGGCAGGCGGUAGCAGUGUGGGGGAGGGUGACGGCAGUGAGAGCGAACACGGUGCAAACGCUGCAAGGCUUCUGGAGGCGACACAGAGGCGCCACAGCGCGCCGAGCUUCAUCCCCGGGUCUCCUGGUUCCGUUCUGACCUCUUCAGCUGCUGCUGCUGAUGCUGUGCCUGAUGGCGUAGGAGGGGCCAGCAUUGAGGGUAUCCCAGAGCCUCGCGUGGCGCUGAAGAAGGCUGUUUCCAUGUCUGAUGCGCAUGCGGUGCAAGUGGGGGUGGAUCUGGAGAUGGUGCGGAUACUGGAGCUGGAGGCGCAAAAGGAGCUGCUGGGUUUGCUGCACCUCAGCGAGGAGGAAGGCAGCCCCACUGCUACUGCUGCUGCUGCUGCUGCUGCUGCUGCUGACGCACAGCUCGAGACAGGAGGUGCAGAGGUGGAUGGGGGCGUGGAGGAGGUACCGGCUGAAGCAGCAGCUGAUGCUGCUGCUGCUGCUGCUGCUGCUACUCCCGCUGCUGCGGGCAGUGGCACUGCUUCCCUGGUUGGCGGUGAUGCUGCUGAUAACUCCCCCACUGGGGGUGGUGUUGGUCAGGCUGGUGCGGCCUGGUCUGCAGCGAAUCAGGGCCUGCCAGGUGGACCUGCCACUGUAACGGAUCUGUGGACGGCGGCCUCGCGUGCAGCGACGCAGUUGCGGAUGUCCCUGGAAGCCGCUCGGGAGGCCACGGGAAGUGGUAACCAUGCAGCAACGCUGUCACCUUCCAGUCACACUAGGGGGAGUGUUGGCGGUGGUAGUGAUGCUGGCACCAGCACUAGCGUUGCUAACACUGGCAGUGUGACUGCUGCUAAGGAUAGUAACGAGCGGCUGAGGGGGGACAUGGCGGAUAUGGCACUGCAGAAGCGGCAGACUGUGUCGCAUUUGUCCUCGUUAUUAGACGACCUGUGGCAGCAGCACCGCGGGCUGCAGCGGUGCUUGAAGGAGAUGCGAGCGGCAAAGGAGAUUUGCGAGGGAUGUGCGGUGUGUGAGGAGAGGAGGCAGGCUGCUAAAGCUGAUGAGAUGCUUUGUGGCUGGGGAUAA